AGUCUCAGCGCGCCUGCGCCGAGCGGCCCUGCGCGCAGUGAGGCAGUGGCGGGGGAAGGCACCGGUGGGGCCGACGGGCGGGUUGAAGGAGGGAAGCGGGCGAGCGAAGUCCCAGUGCGCGCCGCGGCAGCCCGGGCACCCUCCCCUUCCGGGCGUGAGUCGCUGUGAAAAGAGCUGAAGCGAGCGGACUCGCAUCGGCAGCGAGGCGCCGCUCCCGCCGCCUCAGCCCGGCCUCCCUCGGCUCCGGCGCUCCGGUCGCGGGGCCCGGGUUCCUCGGCACACCCCGCUUCAGCCGCCCCCAGAGCCUGUCCCCAGCCCUUCGGAAGCCCCGGCGCCAGCCCGGGCCCUCGGCAGGGAGGAUGACGGAGCUGCAGUCGGCACUGCUACUGCGAAGACAGCUGGCAGAUGUUUUCAGUCCCACUUCUCACUACUGACCUCCCUCGUACGACGGUCACUGAACUGGCGCCUCUCUGGGGUUCUGCCCAGAAGAUUAGCCUUCCUCCUUCGCUGCAGCUCCUCUAACUCAACAAAAAUCCAGUGGAAGGCUUUUCUGCAGGUUUAAUAGAUGACAAUGAUCUCUACCGAUGGGAAGUCCUUAUUAUUGGCCCUCCAGAUACACUUUAGUGGUGUUUUUAAGGCUCAUCUUACUUUCCCAAAAGAUUAUCCCCUCCGACCUCCUAAAAUGAAAUUCAUUACAGAAAUCUGGCACCCAAAUGUUGAUAAAAAUGGUGAUGUGUGCAUUUCUAUUCUUCAUGAGCCUGGGGAAGAUAAGUAUGGUUAUGAAAAGCCAGAGGAACGCUGGCUCCCUAUCCACACUGUGGAAACCAUCAUGAUUAGUGUCAUUUCUAUGCUGGCAGACCCUAAUGGAGACUCACCUGCUAAUGUUGAUGCUGCGAAAGAAUGGAGGGAAGAUAGAAAUGGAGAAUUUAAAAGAAAAGUUGCCCGCUGUGUAAGAAAAAGCCAAGAGACUGCUUUUGAGUGACAUUUAUUUAGCAGCUAGUAACUUCACUUAUUUCAGGGUCUCCAAUUGAGAAACAUGGCACUGUUUUUCCUGCACUCUACCCACCUAUUGCUGGACUUCUGUUGUACAAGUUGGCAAACACUGGCUGGAACUGGGCUGCAAUAAAACAUGCCAGUUAUCAAUGCUGACAAGAGCCUAACAAGUGCCAACUUACAGAUGAUUACGCAUUUUGAAUUCUAAUGAACUGUUUUAACCUUCAGGAAGAAUUGUAAAGACCUGUACAUAGCACAACAUGAUCCGGAUAAUAUAUAUACUGUUCAUGUACAUCCACAAAUACACCUUGUACCAAAUAAUGCUUUCUUGUAGUAGAAUAAGAAUCGUGUAAAUUCUAAAAGAUUUUAGCAGGUUUUCUUUCCUAUUCAUUGUUUCUUAUCAGUUUAAAAGGAUUCCUUUAAGCAUGUCAGAUGAAAAGCAAUUAGGAUUAAAAGUUUCCAUUUAAUUUCCCUUAAACCCUUGAGGCUUCAUUAAACUCUUUUCACUUACUAAACUUUUGUAUCUUCUUUGUUUUGACACACUCCCCUUUGCUUUUAUCUCUUACCUGCCAGAAUGUUCUCAAAUGAUUUAGUUCAAAUACUGAAAUACUUAAUGAGCAAUUACUUGAUUUUUAAUGAUGACUUCGAAGGAGUCAUCACUAGGUGCUUUGUCCUUUUUGUAUUCUAGUUGCACCCACCUCUUGGAUUGGAUAUAGCAAUAACAUUUAUUGGCCGUUGUGAGCUCUUGAUCCCAGUCAUUACCCCUGAGAACUAAAAAUAGAUGGUUCUUAAUUCAACUUACUGAAAAUUUCCCCAAACAAUAGCAAAUCUGACUUUUCCCUCUUUAGUUGCCUGGUAUUAAGGUUGGAUAAAUGAAGCAUGCACAGCUACAGGCUUUCUACUUAACUUCUGGGUUUGCUAUUACAAAUGCUAUUUCCUCUCAUACCCUUCUCCUUAGUCCUUCAUAUUUCUCUGCCUCUAUUCUUCUAUACUGCAGAUUUUUCUCACCUAUUGUACAAAGAAAUUGCGAUGUAUAUUUUCAUGUAAUUUGAUUUUGGAAUUCUGUCACCUUAUGUAGUGAGUUCUUCCAAAAUAUAAUUUUUUUUCAAUAA